AUUGUGCGGUGGCUUGGCGACCCCGCCUUUCCCUGUAGAUUUACAUCACACAGAACAGCAGCCGCCAGCUUCCACCUACCUCGUCCUGACAUUGAUCAUCUGUACUGCAGCUUUUCUUUGCUUUGUUGCCAAUUGGCCCGUCUGCACCGCCGCUAUGAAGAAUAUUCCGAAAGGCAUCGUCUUUAUUGGGACGAGUGAUGCAGCUACGGCAUCCUCGCGCUUUGAAGACGGGACUGCGAGUACGCUCGUCCACGGGCACGAAGACGAUGCAAGCCUGCGCCCAAACGAGGAGGGGGAGGAGGAGAAGAAAGAGAAAGCAUGGAGCCGCCGCCGGUGAGCACAUACGCGGGCGCGGCGCUCUUCAACGCCGCCGCCUUCGCCCUCCCCGCCCUCUACGCCACCCUCAGCAAGCUCUGGGUCGCGCGCAUCGACGACGCCUCCCUCGUCGCCACCAUCCACGCGUACACGUACAUGGGCGCCGUCGCCGCCGCGCUGAACGACGGCCUCCCCCGCGCCGCCUGGCUCGUCAUCGGCGACCGCGCGGGACGGGGGCUGCGCGAGCGGCUGGGGCUCGCGCACACGCUCGUCGCGGCACAAGCGGUCCUGGGCGCCGCCGUCUCCGUCGUCUUGGUCGCUGCGGCGCGCGCGUUCGUGCCGCACCACGCCCAUGCCGCGUCUGUGGCCUAUGCAAGGCUCUCGGCGUGCUCAGCCCUGGCGGCGGCCGUCGAGGUUGCGGUUGCGGCGGGCUCGCGCGCGCUCGAUAGGCCCGACGUCCCGCUCGUGAGCAGCGGAGCUAGGGUCGCGCUCAAUGCCCUGCUGGACUUGGUGCUGCUCUCGCGGUUCCGUGUCGGCGCCCGCGAGCCGACGGUCGCUCUGCAGGCGGCUGUCCGGCUGGCGUGCGAUGUGGGCGCUGGGCUCGUCGGGCUCGCCUACUUCCUGCUCGGCAAUGUGCGGGCGCUGCGGCGGAUGAACAAGGCGGCAGCGGCGCAACAUGUGACGACGAGCGGGCGCGGCGUCUCCCUGGCCGCGCUCAAAGUGCUCGCCCGUCCCGGCGCGCUGACGUUCCUCGAGUCGGCCGUGCGCAACGCGCUGGGCCUGUGGCUAGUGAGCAAGAUGGCAGCCAUGGGGGCCGACUACGCGACGGCGUGGGGCGUGUUCAAGACGAUGCGGCAGGGGCUGGUCAUGGUGCCGGUGCAGGCGCUGGAAGCGACGUCGCUGGCGUUGGUCGGGCACGAGUGGGGGGCGUGGCGCGUGGGCGUGGGCGUGGGCGUGGGAAAGCGGCAGCCCAGAGCCGCUACGCGCGACGUCGCGCGCAUUGUCAGGCCCGCGUUUGUCGCCUGUCUCGUCCUGCUGCUCUUUGAGGUGGCCUUGUGCGUGGCGCUGGCUGAGGCGGGCGCGAGGCGCUUCGCGUUGUACCUGUCUGCGUCGGAGGAGGCGGCGCGCAUCGCAGCCAAGAUGUGGAGGACUAUCGACUGGACCUACAUCCUCUACGCCCUCCACACCCAACUCGCCACCAUCCUCCUCGCCACCACGCCCCUGCUCUACCUCGCCCACUCCCUCGUCGCCUCCUUCUGCUGGACCCUGCCGUGGCUCGUCGCCGUCACGCGCAUCCCCAUCCCGCCCGCCGACGCCUGGCCCUACCGCUCGGCCAUGGUCGGCGGCGCGCUGGUGUUUGGCUUCGUCGAUGUGGCCGUCUUCGUCGGCUUGUGGACGUGGCUGCUGAGGGAGGGGAAGUUGCGCCUGCGCGCGUUGCGCCGUUAGCCCUGCCGUCCAUGCAUGCCUUCCGAUCAUGUAUGCGAGUGAGCUUCGGAACUGGGGUUGCACGACGAAAAGCAAGGGCAAGGGUUGCCCUGA